AUGUCUAACAACAAAACUUACAAAGACGCCUUCGCCCUUUUCGACAAGAAGGGCACUGGCAAGAUUCCCGUUGAGCACUUGGGUGACUUAUUGAGAGCCGUUGGCCAAAACCCUACUUUGGCUGAGAUCUCUGAGUUGCAAAGCGGCAUCAAGCUGCCUGAAUUUGACUUCGAGACUUACGAGAAGAUUAUCAACAGACCAGACGGCUUCAAGCCUCUUGGUCUUCCUGAAGACUACAUCAAGGGCUUUCAGGUGUUCGACAAGGAGCAGACUGGAUACAUCGGUGUUGGCGAAUUGAGAUACAUCUUGACCUCGAUUGGAGAGAAGUUGACAGACUCCGAGGUGGACGAGUUGUUGAAGGGCGUGAACGUUACCAGCGAGGGCAACGUCGACUAUGUCGAGUUUGUGAAGUCCAUCUUGGACCAAUCAAUGUCCUCUGAUCUUCCAAAGGCUGACGAAAACAGAAACGAACGAUUCCACCUUCCUACUCAGGAAAGACUCACCGCGGUAGCCUUGGCUUCUGGUAUUGUGGGAGCAGGUGUGGGCUUCUUUGAAGGCAUCAAGAUCUCAUCCCUUCGAUUCCUCACAGAGAAUGGCCAUAGACUACCUACUACCGUGGGAGGAUGGUACUUCUACCAUAAGAAGAAGAACUACGUCAUGAUUCUAAGUGGAGCUCGGGAAGCCACCAAAAUAGGAUUAAGAUAUUCAGCUGGUGUCUCAUCUUUCUUUGGCCUUGAAGCUGGUAUUGACUAUGCCAGAGGGACCAAAGACUUCCUCAGCAGUGCUGCAGCAGCCACGAUAGUGGCAUGGACAUAUGGAGCAUGGAAACACAUGUCGCCUGUGCAACGAAUGAGCUAUGUGAAGAAAGGCGGAUGUGAUGAUUAG